AUGGAAGAAUCUAAUGUCGAGCUGUACACCAGCUCCACCCUUAGUGGUGUGAAGGUGUCCAUUGCACUGGAAGAGCUAGGCAUCCCUUACGAGUUUGAGCAUCUCGACAUCUCCACCAACAGACAAAAGAAACCUUGGUUCCUUGAGAUAAAUCUUAAAGGCCGCAUUCCUGCAGUCACUGAUACCCUUGCAGAUAGCACCGAUGUGGUUAUCUUCGAUUCUGGCAGCAUCCUUCUCUAUCUCGCGGAACAAUACGACAAGGACCACAAUAUCAGCUUUCUAGUCGGUUCUGCUGAGCACUGUGAGAUGAUUAACUGGUUGUUCUUUCAGAAUGCUGGUGUUGGACCCAUGCAAGGCUAA